UUGUUCAUGGUAACAUGACAUGCAAUUCUGUUUCUAAAUUUCUGACUGAAUGUGUAUGCUAACAUAAAAAUUACUUUGUAAUGUUGAAUUAAAUAAUUGAAAUAAAAGAAAUUUUAGAAAGGAUAGUUUUUAUAAUCCAAGAUGACACUUAUCAAUAAGAUGGAAGUAGAUGAAAAAGCUGCCAAGGGUGAAGGUUUUAAACCUUAUUACAUUACAAAAAUUGAAGAGCUCCAGUUAAUAGUUGCUGAGAAAAGUCAAAAUCUUCGACGACUUCAAGCACAAAGAAACGAACUGAAUGCAAAAGUUCGUAUGUUGCGAGAAGAGUUACAACUUCUUCAAGAACAAGGCUCUUAUGUUGGAGAGGUUGUGAAGCCAAUGGAUAAAAAGAAGGUUUUAGUUAAAGUUCACCCUGAAGGGAAAUUUGUGGUUGAUUUAGAUAAAAAUAUUGAUAUAAAUGACGUAACGCCAAAUUCACGAGUAGCACUUCGAAAUGAAAGUUAUACUCUUCAUAAAAUUUUGCCAAAUAAAGUUGAUCCUCUUGUAUCUUUGAUGAUGGUGGAAAAAGUGCCAGACUCAACUUAUGAAAUGGUCGGUGGCUUGGACAAGCAGAUUAAAGAAAUUAAAGAAGUCAUCGAAUUACCCGUUAAGCAUCCAGAAUUAUUCGAUGCUCUUGGAAUAGCGCAACCUAAGGGAGUACUUCUUUAUGGACCUCCAGGUACGGGAAAAACUUUAUUGGCAAGAGCAGUUGCUCACCAUACGGAGUGCACUUUCAUUCGAGUGUCUGGAUCUGAAUUGGUUCAAAAGUUUAUUGGAGAGGGAUCGCGAAUGGUUCGAGAAUUAUUCGUAAUGGCUAGAGAACAUGCACCGUCUAUUAUUUUUAUGGAUGAAAUUGAUUCCAUUGGUAGUUCUCGAAUUGAAUCUGGUUCGGGAGGUGAUAGUGAGGUACAACGUACAAUGCUCGAACUUCUAAAUCAGUUGGAUGGUUUUGAAGCUACUAAAAAUAUAAAAGUUAUUAUGGCAACAAAUCGCAUUGACAUUCUGGACCCGGCUUUACUGCGUCCCGGACGUAUUGAUCGUAAAAUUGAGUUUCCCCCACCAAACGAAGAAGCUAGAUUGGACAUUUUGAAAAUUCAUUCUAGAAAAAUGAAUCUAACUCGUGGUAUAAAUUUAAGAAAAAUUGCAGAAUCAAUGCCAGGAGCGUCUGGCGCUGAAGUCAAGGGAGUGUGCACAGAAGCUGGUAUGUACGCUCUUCGUGAAAGGCGUGUUCAUGUUACACAAGAGGAUUUUGAAAUGGCAGUGGCUAAAGUUAUGCAAAAAGACUCGGAAAAAAAUAUGUCCAUCAAGAAGUUGUGGAAAUAAAUGUUUUAUUUACUGUCAAAUUAAUUUACUCAAAAUAUUACUCAGCAUUUUUUCAUUAAAAAAUAAUAAAAUUAAAUUGAAAAAUUGAAAAAA